UCUUGACUUCCAAAAGGCACCAUGCCCUCCUGCACGUGAACAAAGCCAUGCUUAGCGACAAUGCGUGUGUCGCCCCGUGAUGACCUGCUGCAUGCAUUGCUCCAUGCCCGGGAUCAGACCUUGCACUCCGUCUUGGAAGAAGUCUUGGAGCAAUGGAGGAAGGCUCCACAGCAAGGAACCUGGAUUCUCUCACAGCUGGCGAAGGCCAAAGAGCUGCAGCUGUGUCAUCACGUGCUGCAGGCGAUGCAGGAAAAUCACUUGGAGGUGAGCACAGUGCACUUCAACUGUGUGCUGAGUGCUUGCGCACGAAAGCGUCAAUGGGCUCCAGCCUUGAUGUUGCUGACAGAGAUGGAGGAGAUCCAGGUUGCUUACGACACGAUCUCCUUCAGCAGCGCCAUCAAUGCAUGUGGCGCCAUCUGGCAGCUGGCGCUGGCGCUUUUGGAGAAGAUGGAAGACCAGCAGGUCCAGUUGGAUACGAUCGCCCUGAACUCUUUGGUCAGCAGCUGCGAGAAGCAGGGCCGAUGGAAUGUCGCCCUAGAUUUGAUGUCCAACAUGCAAGCAUCAGAGGUUCAGCAAGAUACAAUCACGUACAACGCCUGCAUCAGUGCAUGCGGAAAGGCAGCCCACUGGCUCGAAGCGCUGGCACUGCAACGUCGCAUGCGAGGCCAGGCGCUGAGGGUGGACAGCAUCUCCUGCAGUGCGGCCAUCAGUGCAUGCGCGGCUUCAGGUGCACCUGGCCGGCAUUGGUUCAUCAUCCUCGGCCUUUUGGACGAGAUGCAGGAGCUCUUAGUGUCGAAGGACUCGGUGACCUACACUGCUGCCUUGCAGGGCAUGGGUGAGGAGCGGUGGCAAACCGCUUUGGCAUUGUUUCAGCAGAUGACCGACGAGUCCAUCAAGAAGGAUUUGGUGGCCUACAAUGCGGCCAUGUCCGCGUGUGGCGGUGCCUGGCCACACGCUCUGACGCUACUCCAAUCGGUGCCACAUGAGCUGGGCGCUGAUGCCGUGAGCUUUGGGUCGGUGAUCAGCGCAUGUGAGAAGAGCGGUGAGUGGCAGGCAGCUGUCCUCCUGCUGCAAAGAAUGUUUGUUGCCUCUGUACAGCUCACAGCAGUUGCGCUGGCCGCUGCACUCAGUGCAUGCGCAAGGUGUGCUCAAUGGGUUUUGGCCCUGACAAUCUUGGAAGCACAGAAGACCGUGGAGCUGGAUGUGGUGGUGUACAAUGCCGCGAUCGCUGCUUGUGAGAAGGGGAGUGCAUGGGAAGCGGCAAUGGCUUUGCUGGGAAGGCUGACACUCUCUGCAGUGGAGUUGAGUUGGAGAACUUUCAGCUCAGCUAUCAGUGCUUGUGCGAAGCCACGGCGAUGGAGGGAAGCGCUGGAACUCUUGCGGAUGGUGCCAUGGGAGACAUCAGCUUGCGGUGCAGCCAUGCGCGCUUGCAGUUAUGAUUCUUCGAGUCACCAGCAUUCUGGGAUUGGGAAGUAUAAGAGAGCAUGAAUGGUUGUAGCUGGUACUCCCCAUGUACGAAAAACCCUGCAAUGAAACUGUCAGUUGAUUAUUGAGGUCAAAAAUGAUUUCGCAUGCAUUGCAUGCGGAACCUGCUCCGGGUUUGCCCACUAGGCUGUUGAUCUUGAUAUUAACAAGUGCAUCGGAGUGUAUGGUACUGUAUUGGCUUCAACGUGUGAGUUUAAGCUGCAACACAUGGCACAUGGUCUCCCACAGUUCAGGGUGUGCACCUCUCCCUUCCCAAUGGCUUUAGUUUUGCUUUCAACUCCUUACCGAAAAAGACUGAAAAGCCGAACAUUUUGGGGAGACGCAGGGAAUCGCUGAUCGAAUGAUUCCGCUUUCUAGCACGUAUUUGUGUGUGCUUGGGAUUCUGCUGUGCUUGGGGAGUUUUUGUCGUCCAAGGAUUGGGCCAGGACGUUGCACUUGUACCAGGAGAUGACUUUGGCCUUGGUCCACAAGGAUGCCGACAUCUAUGCUACAGUCACGGCUGCCAGCUUCAGCGCGGUGAAGCCAGGGCUGCUGCGUGAAGCUCUGGUUGAGUUGGAGGAUGUUGCUUUCCAAGGAUUGAAAUUAGAAACUACUGUACAUUGAGCUGAGAGGAAGCAUCAGAUGCAUGGCUAAACAUCUCACUUAUCGAACUAGCGUGGCUGCUGUGGCACGAUCGCAAGCCGUGAUGUGCUGGGCUAGCAACCAUAAGUUGUGGAGCUUUGACAAGACCUCCAUCCGGAUUGACGAUCAGAGGUGCUGCUGGGACGGAUUCAAACUCAUUCGUGACCUUCCAGAACUGAAUCUCAUUUGUGAUGUUGUGUUAC